GAUGGACGCUCAAGUCUCCGCCAUCAAACCCGUGUCAAAGCGCAGCAAGGUUGAGGAUAGCAAGCGCCUGGUCUGGAAGCUCGGCGACCUUCCGGCGGGUGCUCACAAUCGUGGUGCCUGGACCGACGAGCUCAUCCCGACCUUGAUUUACUUCUUCGGCGGGUCGAAGAAGGUCUGGGACUGGUCCGACGUGGAGAUCACGCAGAAUGUGGUGCUCUGCUGGCAGGUGGUUUAUGGAACCCCUCUCCCGGAAGACGAGAGAGCGGUGACUGGGCCCGUCUUCAACUUGGCCAAGAAGAAGCUCAUCGAAUGGCGGAGCAACCUCGGCACCACUGCCAUUGCCGCCCUCGUCACCUCCUUCGCUCAGAAAGGCAUCAACACACCCCAAUUGCAGCAAGCUUACAUUGCGGAGUUGCUCGAUGAGGACCAGUUCCUGAACAGCGGCAGGGAUCUGCAGGGCCCAACCGGCAUGCUCAAAGGUGACUUUCUCCUCGUCGUCCUCGCGUGCCAUCACCUCGCUAUUGUCGGCCGCGUCGACGUUCCGCAGUACGACAACUUGAAGAACCCCGUCUAUGCGCCAUAUGCGGCCACUGUUCUUGCUGCUGCUGCGGUUUAUCGUGCACUCAAGCUCGCCCAAGAUGGGCUCCUCGGAGACAUCAAUGGAUACAUCAAGGGCAUUGACCCCAAGGGCGCCCUGAACCUCUCGACUGUCAACAAGACGAAGAGGCUUAUGAGCAACUACAAGGCAAAGGAGCGGGCGCGCGUCAAGAAGGAGCGGGAGGAGAGGGAGAAAGCGAGGGAGGAUGCCGCCACCAAAGGUAAGGAGAAGGCUGCCAACGUUCCCGAGCCAGACGAGGAGCACCUCGAAGACGACCUUGACGACGACAUGGAGCUCCCCUCAAUCCCUCCUUUCUCGAAGGACCACAAUGAGGCAACAACAUUCAACUAUACCCACCUCAUCGUUGAGCGGUGCUCGCGGGCGAGCGUCGCCGAGGCGUUGGCCAUGUCAUCUCAGUUUGCGAGCGCCCCGGUUCGUCAGCCCAAGGCUAGUUCUGGCGAGCAGGCUGCGAGCUCUGGCCCGGCCCGGUCAUUCAAGCUCGAUGUGCGUGCUUACCGCCGCAUUGUCUAUUAAACUCCAUCCGGUCGUCCUCUCGUGGCUAGUAUCAUCGCUUCUGCAUCUCUUUCCCCCCGCUUCUUUCUCCUUCGUACGGUAUUCCUCGUGCGCGCAUAGACUCUAAUAAUCUCCCUUUCACGCUUUACUGCUCUUUUAAUUGAGUUUUUGUUAUCUACUAAUCCCACAAUUCGCGAUAUUCUGUUCCGCUUUAUAUGGACCUCAUGAGCUUUCCCCGCAUUUCGUACUACAUCCCGGUGAUGAAUACAUUUGCAUUGCAUUUCCC